AUGUCACAGGACCAAGAGGAAAGGAGGUUCAGGAUUGCACAACCAGGAAGGUUCAUGAACAACUCAAAAGAACAAAUGUUCAAGCAGUUCAUUGAAAAACUGGCUGUAUGCAACAAUGAUUUGGAUGUAGAAAUUCAAGUUGUGCAGAAGAACAAGGGCACUGGUAACCCUGCAAAACCAGUAAAGGCCAUUGAAGUGGUAACCGUUGCACCUGAAGUUGCACCUGGCCCUUCAAAGAAAAAACCACAGAAGGUCAAGAUCACAAGGAUCAUUGAGCCUUCAUGCUUGCCAAGUCUAUCAGGUCAUAUAUUGCAUAUAGACUCUGAUGAGGAUAGCAGGCAGGAUUUUGGCAGAUACCUGUCGGAGAUUCUACCGGACAGUCAGGCUGUUAAGGGACCUGACGACUGA